AUGAGUUACUUCCGCGUCACCCUCAUCCGCUCCGCAAUCGGUCUCCCCCGUCGAACAACAGACGUGCUCAAGGCCCUCGGACUCAAGAAGCGCAUGGCGACGGUCUUCCACCCAGUAUCGCAGUCCGUAGCCGGUCAGAUCAUGAAAGUCAAGGAGCUCGUUGAGGUCCAGGAGGUGGACAGACGGCUCACACAGCAAGAGGUCCGUCUGGAGCGGAAACCCGACCCGGGCUAUUAUGUUGAGAAGGUCUCAAAAUGA